GAAACUUAAGUUUUUUUCAGAUUAUCGAAGGUCGUCAAUUAUAUCCAUGUUGGAUAUCUAAUUUAUUUAAUUAGUAUUUUUAUUAAUAAGCACUAUUUUUUUUGCAUUUGAUAGUUAACAAAUUCUGUUCUUUUACUGUAAUUAUUUUUAUUUUUAUUUAAGUAAUGACGAAUCCAAGAAUUGAAGAUUUUAGGGAUCAAAAUGUUGAAAGUCCGUGGAACGGAUUAACAUUUAAAAUUAUUGGAAAAACAGCUAUACAUCCCGUGGAAUAUGCCAAGUUUCUUAUUCAGAUUGGUCAUGAACCUAUUCGACCUGUUCUGUAUAAACCUAUAAUAGGAGAACCACGUUUAGUUCUUCCCAAUGUAUUUUCAUAUUCUAAAUAUAUAUAUCAAAUUGAUGGAUUUAAAGGAAUGUAUAGUGGCCUUGCCCCAAAGCUUGUUGGUGUUUUUGUUGAACAUUGUACUACAUGGUUUAUAACUAAUUAUGUCAAGUUGGAAAAAAAACAAAUAUUAGAUACUGAAGAAUCAGAAUCUGACGCCUGGAAAAAGUGGGCAUUGAAUACUUCAAAAGAGUUGUUGAGCACCAUUGCAAGCAAUAUAUUAAGUUAUCCAUUCCGCCUUAUUUCUUUAAGAAUAAUGGCACAGUUUGUUGGUUUUGAGAAGAAUUAUACUGGUGUCCUAGGAUCAACUAUAGUGAUCAUUCGCCAAGAGGGAAUUUCUGGAUUAUAUUCAGGAUUCUGGCCUCAUUUAAUUUUUGUUUCAAGUCAUGUAGCCAUAGUUAGCUUAAUAAAACAUGUAUGUUCUCGAUAUCUGUUUGAUCCUUCACCAAUUGCUUUAACCAUGACAGAUUUAGCAGCUUCACAUAUUGCAACUACCAUUACAUAUCCUUUGAAUGUAGUGAGUGCUUGUAUGACAAUUAAUGAUUGUGGACUUGUUGCUGGUAUGCCUCCAGAUAUGCCAGUAUUUGGCAACUGGCUUGAGUGCAUGAAGUACUUAAGUAAACUAGACCAGUUACAUCGUGGUUCUUCAAUGUUCCAAAGAAAUGUAAUCUAUGCAAAACCAAAUAUUUCUAAAAUGAACUAAUUCAAUUAUUUAAUUAUGAUUUAUGAAUAUAUUUUAGUGUUUUUUAUUAUAAAUAAAUACAUAAUAAAAUGUUAUGAAACUGAAGUGCAUAAAAAUGCUUAUUUUUUAAGAAU